AUGGCCCAGAUUAUUCCGCAUUAUCGCUUUUCUCCCACCGACGAUAACCUCACAUCCGAAAUCAGGGACUUUCUUGGCGCUUUCACUACGAUCAUUACGUGUGCUGCGAACACACCGUCCUUCGCCCCGCAGCUGGCUAGCGUCCUCAGUCAUGAUAGAGUCGUUGCACUAGUCCGGGCGUGUGCUCGAAGAAUGCCAUCCAUAUGGCCGCAACUCGAUGCUGCGAUUGCCAAACUUGAAACGCGUCCAAAGGACAGUCUGGGUAUCAUUGAGGAGACUUUUCCAUCUCGAAGCGCUUAUGAAGAAGCGCCGGAAUUGAGUAAACUCAUUCCUAGAUUGAAGAAGGGGCUCUGCGUGGGUAUCACGCCUUUCGAGAGUUUUACCAACGAAGUUCCGGGACCUGGCGAGCCGCUGUCAAAAGCAAUUUCGGCGGCAUACGAAACUCUGCUCUUUUUUGGAAGUGAAAUUGCGGAAGCGGUGCGCGGCAUGUUGAGCCAAAGAGAAGGACCACAAGGAGACUAUCCUUUAUUAGUGGCUUUGGAGCGGGCAGCGACAGGUUCGCAGUCUGAAAACACACUUCGAAAAGACGAAUUUCGGAACAAAGCGAUCGCAUGUCAGGCUAUCGUACGCUUCCUAAGUGAGCGGGCAUCCAAGUCUGCCCCGGGUGAUGACUGGAAGACGCUGUGGGGAGGAAAAGAACGCCUGAAACGAAUUGUCCGAGAUGCAAUUCCGCAGGUGAAAGCAGAGAUCAAAUCGGAAUCGGGAGCCUUGAUGAUUUCUGUGGUUGUAGUGUCUGUGGCAGCGAUGAUACUCGGUCCUUCGCUUUGCAUCAACGACACGAAUGAUGGAGUAGAUCUCAACGACCCUGCUGCUGUUUCUGCUCAGGAGAGCCAGAACGAGGAAGUAGAAGAGGCAAUGGGUGAACUAACAGGCUUCGCAGUGGGGAUUUUGGAGGAAGCGGCCACGGCAGAGGAGGUCCCUGCAUGGAGAUCUUUUGGUCUGUGGCUUUUAUUGCUGAUGUCUCGAUGUGGGUCGAUGUUGCGGGCCAGCGGAUGUGAGCAUCCAAGAGCUGCGCGAGUGCUCCGGGCAUGGGGAGGAUUGCCCACUGGUACGCCAGGUUCUCACAUCGCACAGGCUGGUGGGAAGCAAUCGAGCCAGGGUGGAAGCGGGCACCAUCAGCCUCCUAGUUCGUCAUCCGCAACGGCCAGGACGGAGGGAGUGACGGCGUUUGCCACAUCUGCGUCGCUGGCUAUCAUUGAUGCAUCUGAUGUCUCGGGAAGUGACGAAACAAUUCGAGCGCUGUGCGAUGACCUUGUCCAAUGA